AUGGCAUCACUAGAAGCAAUAAGCAAAGUGAGAAUAGGGAGGACGACGACGUACCGCAAAGGCACCGAUACGGAGCUGCUCGCCGUCGGAAGCGAAGCUGCGAUGGCGGCCAAGCUGAUCGUGAUUGGGGCUGACGGCGGCAGCGAAGGUGGCAGGCAGGUCUUCCGCGCCGGUCGGCUCUCCGUGCGCAUGAUCCGGGUGGCGUCCUCCCCGGUGUGCUUGGUCAGUUGCAUGGUCAGGGAUCACCAGUGGACUCUGGCCGGGGACGCGGUCGUCCUCCGCGUAGCGCCGCGCAUGUACGUCUUUCCCAUGCCGGGCUUCUGCUACGGUCUCGCGUUGCCCUGCGGCGGUGCGUACGACGACGAGUGCCGGACGCUGGAGGAGAUGCUGCUCAGGUUUUGCGCCUUCCGGUGCCUCGAAAGCUCUUCUUCUCGGCGGAGAGGUGAAUCAGGUGAUGUCUGGUCGCAUGCCUUCGAGGAGGUCAAGAAGCUCGCCUCUGUUACUGUCACCAGUGAUGCAAGCAGUAGCAGCACCGGCCCUGCAUCGCCGGUCUCCGCCGGGAGAAGAGAAAUCCAGCGGGCGGUAAGAACGUCGGCGGUAGUGAAGCUGCUCUCCAGGUCGCUGCUCACUGGCGCCCUCGACACGCGUAAGCACCUCGACCUAACCGUCGGCGCCUCCCUCCCCAGCAUGCAGAUGACAGCGGACCUUUUGGACAUGAUUGAGACGGGGCGACGAGGGGCGCUGGCGGCGCCUAGUGGGCUCUGGUGCAUCAACGACGAAGGGAUGAAGCUGCUGCUCGUGAUACUCUCCGCAUGCAGCACCGUGGAGAAAAGGAAAACGCCACAACUGGAGACGCUGAACGAGGAGGAGGAGGAGCUGAAGGAGGAGGCGGCGGCAGUCACCGCCGCCCAUGCAGAGGAGUAGGACGUCAGCGGCGUACCAACCCAAAUUCACAUUGUUCGACUUAGCAUUUCGGUUAAGCCCUCCUUAAAGCAGUUCAACCGACAAACCUACCAUUGAACUCAGCAAUCGAGCUCUUCUCAACUAGCCGAAACAACUAGUAAAGUUUUACAUUUGUUAUAGUUAAAGAUCCACCACGAUUUCUAAUUAGGUGGGAAAGGUAAAAUAACACGCAGUAAAGAUGGUAAGGCACGUCACAGACACGAUGUGAUGUCCAUUACAUUAAAUAUAGCUAGCUACCAUUCAACUCCUUGUAUCAUACGCAUUUUUUUUUGCUAAAAAAAAGAUAACACAGA